AUGUCUGGCCAAACAGAGACCUUCGGCUUCCAAGCUGAAAUCACCCAACUGCUCGACCUUAUCAUCAACACCUUCUACUCAAACAAGGAAAUCUUCCUUCGUGAACUGAUCUCCAACUCCUCCGAUGCCCUCGACAAGAUCCGCUAUGCCUCUCUCACCGACCCUUCCCAGCUCGACAGCGAGAAGGAGUUCUUUGUUCGCAUCACUCCCGACAAGGAGAACAAGACCUUGACCAUCCAGGACUCUGGAAUUGGUAUGACCAAGGCCGACCUCGUCAACAACCUUGGUACCAUCGCCAAGUCUGGCACCAAGGCUUUCAUGGAGGCCCUGUCCAGUGGCGCUGACAUCAGCAUGAUUGGUCAAUUCGGUGUCGGUUUCUACUCUGCUUACCUUGUAGCUGACCGGGUCACUGUUAUCACCAAGCACAAUGACGAUGAACAGUACAUCUGGGAAUCCGCUGCCGGUGGCACCUUCACUAUCACCCCUGACCCCGAUGGCGCCACUCUUGGCCGAGGAACGCGUAUGAUCCUCCACCUCAAGGAAGAUCAACUCGAAUACCUCGAGGAGAAGCGCAUCAAAGACAUCGUCAAGAAGCACUCCGAAUUCAUCUCUUACCCCAUCCAGCUCGUCGUCACCACCGAAGAAGAGAAGGAAGUCGACGAUGACGAAGAAGAGAUCAAACUUGAAGACGACGAGAACAAGGAGGCCAAGAUCGAGGAACUCGACGAAGACUCUGACAAGAAGAAAAAGACGAAGAAGGUCACCGAAAAGAGCACCAAGCAGGAAGAGCUCAACAAGACCAAGCCCAUCUGGACCCGCAACGUCCAAGACAUCACCCAGGACGAAUAUGCCUCCUUCUACAAGUCGCUCACCAACGACUGGGAAGAUCACCUUGCGGUUAAGCACUUCUCUGUUGAGGGUCAACUUGAAUUCAAGGCCAUUCUUUUCGUACCCAAGCGAGCACCCUUCGACCUCUUUGAGAGCAAGAAGAAACGCAACAACAUCAAGUUGUAUGUCCGAAGGGUUUUCAUCAUGGAUGACUGUGAAGACCUUAUCCCCGAGUACCUCAACUUUGUCAAAGGUAUCGUCGACUCGGAAGACUUGCCCCUCAACAUUUCCCGAGAAACUCUCCAACAGAACAAGAUCCUCAAGGUCAUUCGCAAGAACUUGGUCAAGAAGGUCAUGGACAUGUUCAGCGAGAUUGCCGAGGACAAGGACAACUUCAACAAAUUCUACGAGGCCUUCGGCAAGAACCUCAAGCUCGGUAUCCACGAAGACCAGCAGAACCGCUCUAAAUUGGCUGAGUUCUUGCGAUUCAACUCGACCAAGAGCACCGACGAACUGACCAGCUUCAAAGACUACAUUACCCGGAUGCCUGAGGUCCAGAAGAACAUCUACUACCUCACUGGUGAAUCCCUGAGCGCCGUCCGGGACUCGCCCUUCCUUGAGGUCUUCAAGAAGAAGUCCUUCGAGGUGUUGCUCAUGGUUGAUCCGAUCGAUGAAUACGCCGUCACUCAGCUGAAAGAGUUCGAAGGCAAGAAGUUGGUUUGUGUCUCCAAGGAAGGACUCGAGCUCGAGGAAUCUGACGAGGAGAAGAAGGCUCAUGAGGAGGAGUCCAAGGCCUACGAAAACCUCUGCAAGGUCAUGAAAGAGAACCUCGGCGACAAGGUCGAGAAGGUCCAAGUCUCCAACCGAAUCAACCAGUCUCCUUGUGUGCUCGUCACUGGCCAAUUCGGAUGGAGUUCCAACAUGGAGCGAAUCAUGAAGGCCCAGGCCCUCCGCGACUCGGGCAUGUCGAGCUACAUGAUGAGCAAGAAGACCCUCGAGAUCAACCCCCAGAACCCGAUCAUCCGGGAGCUCAAGAACAAGGUUCAAGAGGAUUCUUCGGACAAGACUGUCCGAGACCUCAGUGUCCUGUUGUUUGAGACCGCCCUCUUGACUUCCGGCUUCACCCUCGAUGCUCCUCAGCACUUCGCUGAGCGCAUCCACCGAAUGGUUUCUCUUGGACUGUCGAUCGAUGUCCAGGAGGAGGCUGAGGCCUCCACCUCGGGCACCACCGCUGAUGCCGAAGUCCCUCCUCUAGAACCCACCGCUGCCUCUGCCAUGGAAGAGGUCGACUGA